UAAUGAUUGGGUUAAACAAAGAUUAAAAAAAUUAACCAAUAAUUCAAAGCCCGAUACUUCCUCUUACUAUAGUUACUACUCAGAGAGAGAGAAUCAUUCAGCAGAUUGUUUGUGUGAAGAGAGACAGAAAAGAAAGAAAUUGAGUCAAAGAGACAAUGAAAUACUAACUUAUAUGGGUAUUUUGAUUUUGGCUCUUAAAAAGUUUCUGAAUUUCACCAACUUCAGAUUAAGAAGUAAAGUAAGGUCAGCAGUUCACAUGACUCCAAUUUUUGAGCUGUAGUCUCAGUCAUCUUUGAUUCUUCCCUCGCUUUGUUUGUGGAUUUCAUGAAUCUGGUUGGAUGUAGUCGCUAUUCACUGGUCAGCUCGAAAUCCUUUGAGUCUGUCCCUUCCGUGCUUAUGUAUCUUGUUUGAAACAUCUGAUUCUCAUGGUUCUAAAUAAUCAUUGGCAUUGGUUCAGCUGAAGUAAGUUUAUCUACCUAUUUCUUAGUUUCUGGAUCUCGUGUUUUCAAAGACCAUAUCGGCCCUUGUGUUGCUGCAAUUGAGAAUAAUUAUUCAACUAUACAAGCUGAAUGUUUGAGAGUGGAUUCAAGUAAGAUUAGAUGACUGUAGACGAAAAGGGUGAUGGUGGUUUUUGGAGUAAAGAGCAGGAUAAGGCAUUUGAGAAUGCCAUUGCUACUCAUCCCGAGGAUUUGGAAGAUCGUUGGGAAAAGAUAGCUGCAGACGUGCCUGGGAAGACCGUAGAAGAGGUCCAGCACCACUAUGAGCUUUUAGUUGAGGAUCUACAGCAGAUCGAGUCUGGUCGUGUUCCCUUGCCUUCCUAUAGUUCUUCUUCAGAGGGUUCUUCAAGUCUUGCUGCUGAAGAUGGUAAUGGGAAAAUGGGUCAAUUUGCUAAUGCAGGAACUGAAUCCAAUCAUGGAAACAAGGCAUCAAAGGCAGAUCAGGAACGAAGGAAAGGGAUAGCCUGGACAGAGGAUGAGCACAGGUUAUUUCUUCUGGGGUUGGAAAAAUAUGGAAAAGGAGAUUGGCGUAGUAUAUCCCGGAAUUUUGUGGUGACAAGAACACCAACGCAAGUGGCAAGCCACGCACAAAAGUAUUUUAUCAGGUUAAACUCUAUGAAUAAAGAUAGGAGAAGAUCGAGUAUCCAUGAUAUCACUAGUGUAAACACCGGGGAUCUUUCAGCAGCCCAGGGGCCAAUUACUGGUCAGACAAAUGCAGCUGCUUCUGGUGUUCCAUCUGGAAAAUCUGAAAAGCAGGCUGCUCAGCCUCUGGCGUCUCCUACAGGAGUUGGCGUGUAUGGUACUCCAACUAUUGGACAACCGAUUGGUGGGCCGUUGGUUUCUGCCGUUGGAACUCCAGUGAAUCUUCCUGCUCCUCCGCACAUGGCUUAUGGUGUACGGGUCCCAGUUCCGGGGUCAGUCGUUCCUGGUGCCCCGAUGGGCAUGGCUCCUAUGACAUACCCGAUGCCACAUACAUCUGCUCAUAUGUAAGAUAGAUGGAUGAUCAGCUCUUCUUUAGAUAUACAAAAGGAAAGAAUAUGGUUGCCUUGCCUGGUAAUCCCAGUUGUCUUGUUGUGUACCUUUUGUCACUUAUCUCAUUCUUGUACAGACCUAAAAUAAUGCAUAAUUGCAUAGGAUUGUGAAACUUUGUAGGGGUUUUGUUAUUUUAUUUAAUGUAUAGUCAGUUGUAGGUAAUUGCUGUUUUGAGGUGGGGAACGAUAUUUGUAUUCCCAAGUUUUACAGAGAUUGUCAUUGAACUGUAGCUAUUAAUUAGCAACUAAUUACUGAUAAUAGUAUGGGAAAUUCCCUUGGCCAAUGUUCAA